CUGGGCACGCGUCCGCGGACGGCGGCGGCGACGGCUUCGUGACUGCGACACACGUCGUAAGUGACGGCGUCGGCAGUGGGACCCGACGCCACCGAUCUUGGACGCCGGAAAAAGAUUGCAGCACUGGCUACUUGACCAGCGAUGAUACUUUCGUGUCGUCCACGCGCCACGUCAUAUGUGUUGCGUAUCCGGAGGGCUUUAUCCGGCCGAUUACGCAGCAUGGGCGCCGACGAAGCGACGCCACUCGUCGCGAGCGAGGGCGGCUGGGGCGACCUGCGCGCCGAGGCGGCGGCCAUCGGCGGCAUGGCGUGGAAGGUGAGCCUCGCGACCUUUUGCCGGCUCUGCGUCACGACCAUCUCGACGGCCUUCCUUGGGCACCUCGGCACGAAGGAGCUCGCGGCUGGCGCGCUCGCGGGUUCGUUCAUCGGCGCGCUCCGCGUGCUCAACUGGGCGUUUGCCGUCUCCAUCUGCACCCUCUGCGGCCAAGCGUACGGCGCCAAGAACUACGAGCUCGUCGGCACGUGGUUCCAGCUCGGGCUGCUCGGGCUCACGCUGCUCUCGGUGCCCGUGAUGGUGGUGUACUUUUACGUCGGCGACAUCAUGUCGAUCGUGACGGACGACGCCGAGCUCCUCCUGCUCGCCGACACGUACGCGCGCUACUCGGCGCUCUCGGUGUGGCCCCAAGCCUUCUACGUCGCGCUGCGGCAAUACCUCCAGGCUCAAGAGAUCCUCACGCCAACAACAGUCAUCGACACGUGGAGCGUCGGCGUUGUCUUUGGCGCCAACUACGUUCUGAUCUACGGCGUCGGGUCGUUUGCCGGUCUCGGCUUCAUCGGGAGCCCGCUCGCGGCCUUUGUCGCCGCCGUCUUCCAGCCGACCGCGCUCUUCCUCUAUGCGUUCCUGUACAAGGGCUACCACAAGCGCACGUGGGGCGGCUGGUCGUGGGCGGUGCUCAACCCAGCGUACGUGGCCCGGUUCGCGUCGCUGACUGGCGCCAUGUUUCUCAACCUCGCGCUCGACGAGUGGGCAUACAACGUCGUGGCCAUGGUCGCCGGCGCGCUCGGCGGCAUCAACCUCGCGGCCAACAGCAUCGUCUUCAACAUCUGGAUGCUCGGGUACGGCGUCUUUGCGGGCUUUAGCCUUCCGAUCCAAGUGCGCAUUUCGCAUGCGCUUGGCGCCAACCAGCCGCGCAACGCAAAGCGCACGCUACUCGUGGGGUUUGUCCUCGGCGCGCUUUCGUCCAUCGUGACGGUGCUUGGUGUCGUGCUCUUUGGCCGGCCGCUGAUUGGUGUAUUCACCAGUGACGAGGCCGUCGUCGACGUUAUUCUGAGCAUCCUCCCGAUGUUUGGGCUCGCGAUGGCCUUCUCGAGCUUCCACGUCUUCUUGUCGGCGGUCAUUGAAGCCAUGUCGCUGGCUUCAACGCUGGCGGUCAUUUCGGGUGUCGGGUCCUGGUUCGUGCUCCUCCCGGCCUCGUACCUGUUUGGCCUGACGCUGCGCGGCGGCCUCGCGGGUCUCUGGUGGGGCAGUGUGCUAGGGGAAGGCGCCAAGUUUGUGCUCAUUUUGUUGGCCCUGCAGCGCCUCGACUGGCGCGUGAUUGCCGCGCAGAUUGCUGCGGCGCAAGAGAGCUCGGCGGCCGGCGACGACGACGAGACUGCACUGCACAAGGCCAUGGAGCUGGAUCUUCACAGCCCCGCGGCCGCUGCAACGCCGGCCUUUGUGUAAGCAGCGACGUACUCGGAGCAAGUGAGCGAAGGCCGUUGGUCUUAAUGCGUUCGGCAAAAUCGAUUUCAGCCAGCUCUGGUGCAGCCUUCACGUCGUGGCUUGGCGAGUGUUCUAAGCAGGCGAAGAUUGCUCGACAGGGAGGGCGGGAUCCAUUGUCAUGCUCUCAUUGGCCAUUAGAUUUCUCUUUUUAUCCAAUCAUGUGUCCCGAAAUCGAAAUCCACACACUGCC